UGACAGUGUUGUACUGAGGACGUAAGCUCUUGGUGCUGGGAUCAGGCGAGGCCGUAUUUUUUAAUUGAUUUAAGAUGUCUGGACUUGACCAUUAUGACGGGUUCGAAUGUAAUAAUCCUCAGUCUGGCCGACGAGCAAAUGAGUGUGACGAUAAGCCGCCAUACAGCAGCGACAACAGGGUCAGCCAAUCAACCAAGAACCACCCGACACCUCCCCCUGUUGAUUAUAACAUGGGGUAUGGCACGAAAGUGUUACCUAGAGUAACUGGUAACGUUGAUCUUGAGGUCCAACUACCCCGAGACCUAAGGAGCUCCUUGUCUCCAUCACGGACCUCAGGGAAGGGAUACCAAAGACACGAAAGAUAUCCUUCGAAUAUGGGUGAAGUUAACAGGCGGUCUCGAGCGUAUUCUAAUGACCUGGAGCAAGGAGGCCCACAUUGUCAAAGGAUGUACCACGAAAAAAGAAAAGAAAAUUCCAUUGGUAGAAUUAAUGACUACUAUCUCCAUUCUCCCAAAAAUAGGGAUCUCAGUAAUUCCCACGGCGAAAACGUUUCGUCACAACAUAGUGGAGAAACGCAUUCUAAUGAUCAAUAUGGCAGGUCAGGGAUGAGCCAAAGACAAGGACAAACACUAUACUCAAGACCUGUACGACGGAGCUUGUCUCCAAGCUACAGUGACCAGAGAGAUCAAGAUAUGUGGAUUCCAGUAGAUUUCAAACGUUAUAAUAAAAUCACUUUCCACAACUCUGAAAGUCAAAAAGGUAACCUUCAUUUUCAUGAUUUCACUGUGGUGAAGGUAAGUGAACACAGACAGCAUCCACAACAGCAGUACAGAGAUCACGACUGUGAUGACGCAGACGGAAGACUUUGUUAUGAAGAGUCACCAACUGAGGCGUGGGAAGAAGUGGUAAAUUUACUGCCUUCUCAGAUGGAAAGAGCUAAAGGUACUAUACACUUCCGGGGAGCGAGAAAAAAGAGCGUGGUAGAUACUACCCAAAUUCAGGACCAGUUGCAGGAAAAGCUGAGUGAAGGGGAGAUAAUGGAGGCGCUCAACACGGUGAGGGAGGAGCCAUGGCCAAUGGCUAGACGGAAGCUGACGUGGAAGUCACUACAGAAUAAGCUGGAGACGCAGACGAGGUGGUACUCGGUGCAGCCUGUGACCUCCAUGGUGAGGAGAGGUGUAACUACCCUUCACAAUCUGCUACAUAUUGUUGACCCAUGGCAUCGAGUGCUCAAACGCAUCGAAGGCAAGUUUGGCACUAGUGUGGUGGCAGUCUUCAACUUCCUGCGAAACAUGAUACAACUCAACAUGUUGCUGGCGCUGCUCCUGCUAGGAGGAGUGGUAGUACCCUCAGUGCUGUGGGCCAGCAGCAACAGUAACCAGGAUUACACCUGGGAGGCACCAAAGAACACGUCUGAUGGAAAUUGUAUGUGCUCUGCUCCUACACUCACUGAUAACAACACAGCGGCACAAGAAUGCAACAAAAACUACACAGACUAUAUAGACAAAGUGAUACAGAAUAGACAGAAUGUUGCAGAAAUACAAGAUUUUCUCCAGGGAACUGGCAUCCUGGAGUGGACAGUGUUGUUUGCAGGCUACUACCCAGCUUAUGUUGACCACAGUAGCUAUGUGAUUGGCUUAGCUUACAUUCUCACCAUCCUAGCUGUUUACCUCAUUUCUCUAGUUUAUGUUGUGUACUUCACUGCCAGAUUCCUUCGCCAGUUCAUGGGGUCCUCGAGUAAAUAUUCCAUGUUGUAUUCCAGCAUAAUCUUUGCUGGUUGGGAUUUUACUGUGAGUGAGUCUGAGGCAGCUCGGAUCCAGCAUACACUUUUUAUUUGUGAUGUAAAGGCAGCUUUUGAUGAUGAGGAAUUCCUAAGGAAGAAGAAAAAACGCACACGAAAGAAUCUAGCUACACUUUAUUUCACUCGUGCUCUCAUUAACUUAGUAAUUUUAGUCCUGAUUGUAGGAGGCUGGACAGCCAUUUACUUCCUUGUGGAUAAGCUUCAAAAGUCUGGGAACACCUCAACGGAAAAUGUUUCUCAACAUUUUUUGUGGCAGUAUGCACCAACUAUGACAGUGGCAGCACUCGACACUGUUUAUCCAUUAAUAUUUAAAUCUGUAGUAACAUAUGAACAUUAUAGAGGUCGCACCGAGCUCCUGAUUACCCUUGUCCGGUGUGUCCUUAUCAGACUAAUGUCUUUGGCCAUUCUUGUCAUCACAAAUUUAACAUUAAUUUCCCAACAUUCGAAUGUAUGUGAUCCUACAGUCAAUGAAUAUAUUUGCUGGGAGACUCGCCUUGGUCAACAGGUGUACUCUGUUCUAGUUCUGGAUGUUCUAAUUAAGGUUUUCAUGACUUUUGUGGUAAAUGUAGCAAGAUGCAAACUAGGUCGCUUUGAUUAUGCAAUAUGCAAAAGAGUUAGCAGAUUAGAGUUUGAUGUGUCAGAUCAUACAUUGGAUAUUGUGUCCAUUCAGUCCAUCUGCUGGUUAGGUAUCUUGCAUGCCCCACUCAUGGCACUUCUGUGUUUUUUCUGCUUCUGUAUACUUUUUGGCCUCAAACUGUUUACAGUAUCAUGGACGUGUGUGCCACCAUCCAGGCUGUUCAGGGCUUCACGUUCUUCCGCAAUGUUCAUGACCAUCCUCUCACUUACCUUCUUUGUAUGUAUAAUACCUAAUGGGCUAGCUUUGCUCAUUUUCACCCCCUCCAAGGCUUGCUCACCAUUUCGAGGCUUGGGCUACGGAUGGCAGAUCCUCACUUAUUAUAUCUGCAAUAUGGACAAUUCAGACUCUUGGAUCAGGUGGGUGUUAUUCGCUCUGGACAACUCGAUAGUAGCAGUGACAUUGUUAGUGGUGGUUAUCCUUCUCCUCACCUACUAUGUGUCAGUCAUCAAGGCUCGCAGUGCUCUUGUCAAGAGACUCGAGAAGAAACUCAAAUACACUGCAAAGUACAAGACCUACUUGGUGCAAGAAAUAAAGCAUGUUAGAGGGGCAGGGAUAGGGGGAUAAACUUUGUCAGCAUAAAAAUUAAAAAAAAGAAAAAUUAGAGUGAGAAAAACCAUUUGCAAUUACAAGAAUGGUGAUUUGGGUUCCAAUGCCCUUUUACAACUUGAGAUUAUUUCAACAAAGAUCGUUAUAUAUAAACCUUCUAUUAAGUUAUGUAUGAUGUGCCAUCCAAAGUGAUAAUCCCUGAACCCAUUGUGAAAGUAAUUCCAGCCCUGCUGAAGGAAAACUUAAAAGCUAUGUUAAUAGACACUUGGAUUCUUCAUCACAAGGCUGAAAUUACCCAGUGCAGGCUGACACCCUUCGUAGGAGUGUGUUGAUACUGGUAAAGGGUUCCAGAUUCAGAGAAUUGGAGAUAACCCUCCAUUCCUUGGAUCAAAUUUGACUGCCUCCCAUUUCUCAGGUGUUGUAUGACCUCUAUGAAUUUAGCACAUACCAUAAGUAUAAAUAAUGCUAGUUAACUAAUAUUUUAUUGAACUUUGGCAUUAAUUUCCUUUUUUCUUAUGUUUGAGAAAGUUGUUAUUAGGGGAGGUUUGUGAAAAUAUUACAUUUAUUUUGGUUGAGCAGCACAUCUGGGCCAAUCUAUGUGCUUAGUAUGGGGUCAUUAUCUCACACUUGGCCAAACGCAAAAAUGCACGUCUAUAUAUAGUGGCAUAAAAUUAGGUUAUUACUUAUUUUAGGUUGGGUUUCAUUAUGUUACUUUUUUACUGUUUAUGCAGUAAAAUAUGUCGACUGUAGAACCAUCUUAUUUUUAAUUUUUAUUAACACCAGCCAUUUCCCACCAAGGCAGCCCAAAAAAGAAAAACUUCCAUCAUCAUUCACACCAUCACUGUCUUGCCUGAGGCAUACUUACACUACAAUUAUAAAACUGCAACAUUAACACCUCUCCUUCAGAGUGCUGGCACUGUACUUCCUAUCUCCAGGAAUCAAGUCUAUUCCUCUUGCUUUCCAUGAAUCCCUUCAUAAAUGUUACCUUGCUUACACUCCAACAGUACGUCAAAUCCUAAAUUACCAUUUGUCUCAUUUGCUCCUAUCUAACACGCUCACGCAUGCUUGGUAGAAAUCCAAGCCCUUUGCACAUAAAAUCAUCGUAAUAUUAUAUAUUUCAAACUGUAAUUAAUGAAAUGUGCCAAGGAGCAUUUGUCUACAAUUAAAAAAAGUUAAAUACAGUACUGUGUUGCACAACCACACUAGUAUCUACCUUUGACACCUUUGAUAUACAUUUGAUGGGUUUUAAGUUUUUUUCCUACUCAAGCAGAUCAAUCAAGGCCAGAUUUGUCUGGUGCUUGCCUGGUCAACCUGGCCGUUGCUGCUGGCCCACAUUCACACAGCCUAGUUCGUCCAGCAGUUGGUGGAGGUACUUUUUGGGGUUUGUCUUCUGCACUUUUUCCAUCAGUGUUUCUGGCGUCUUCCUGUCACAUGAAUAUAUCAGCAUGGAAGCACUAAACCCACUGGAGGUAAUCAGGUUCGAUUUAGACAAGUGGAAGGUAGCUCUAAAUGACUCACAACAUCGU